UUGUGCUACUAGGUAUUAUCUGCUAGUUCCCAACACACAAUCGCAAUCGUGAGAGAUCCACUCGAGUGGGAAUGCCAGAGAUAUUUAUUGCAAGAGCGGCCCGAUCAUCUUGUCUGCGUCGCUCCUUCAUCUUCCCCAGCAAUUUCCCCCUCUCCUCGACCUACAAUUUGUCGACACAGAUUCCUAGACUGUCACUCCUACAAUCCCGUUCACGCAACAUGUCGACCCUCGGAGCAUACCAGAAGAAGCACAAGGUGGCCAUUGUCGGCUCUGGCAACUGGGGCACUACCAUCGCCAAGGUUGUCGCCGAAAACACAGCAGCCAACAGCGACAUGUUCGAGCAGGAUGUCCAGAUGUGGGUCUUUGAGGAAGAGGUGCCCAUCCCGAAAGAGUCGAAACACUACAAGGGCGACGACAAGGCCCAGAAGUUGACCCACAUCAUCAACGACAUCCACGAGAACGUCAAAUACCUCCCCAACGUCGCCCUCCCCAAGAAUAUCAUCGCAAACGCCUCGCUCGAAGAUACCGUCAAGGACGCCAGCAUCCUCAUCUUCAACCUUCCCCACCAGUUCAUCGAGAAGACAUGCAACACUCUGCAAGGAAAGAUCCUGCCCUACGCUCGUGGUAUCUCAUGUAUCAAGGGUGUCGAGGUUUCAGACAAGGGCAUCGAGCUAUUUUCCGAGUGGAUUGGCCGCAAACUGAACAUCUACUGCGGCGCCCUAUCAGGUGCCAAUAUCGCUACCGAGGUUGCCCUUGAGAAGUUCUCAGAGACGACCGUCGCAUACGACCCCCCUACUAUGGACAGUCAGCAGCCGACGCCUAAAGGCUCGCCUCGUUCAUCUGAAAUCGACCUCUCCCAGCUGAGCGGUAAACAAGAUCAACACCAAAAGAUUAAGCUUUACGCUCUGCCCACAGAAUACCCACCUCUCAGCCACGACAACGUCAAGAAGAUCUUCCACAGGCCUUAUUUCCAUGUUCGCAUGGUUUCCGACGUUGCUGGUGUGUCACUCGGUGGUGCCCUCAAGAACAUCGUCGCUCUGGGUGCCGGUUUUGUCGAUGGCCUGGGUUGGGGAGACAAUGCAAAGGCUGCCGUCAUGCGUGUCGGUAUCCUGGAACAGGUCAAAUUUGGCAAGAUGUUCUUCGCCGACUCUGUCCGCACUGAGACCUUCACCGAGGAAAGCUGUGGCGUAGCAGACCUGAUUACCAGCUGUAGCGGCGGCCGUAACUUCCGUUGCGCAAAGAUGAGUGUCGAGCGCGGCAUGACCAUCAAUGAGGUUGAAAAGCAAGAGCUUAACGGGCAGAAGUUGCAAGGCACAAGUACUGCUGUCGACGUCAAUAACUUCUUGAAAAAACAAGGUCUCGAGAACGAGUUCCCUCUUUUCACCGCCAUCUAUAAUAUCCUGGAGGGCAAGGAUAAGCCAGAGAAUAUUCCUGAACGUAUCGAAUCGAAAAAGUACUGAUGAAGCGGACCCUUUUCUUAUGUGUUACGACUCAGGUUGACUGGUUUUCAUAGGAGUUAU